CUGGAAACAUGGAAGGAGAAAAAUCUGAACAUUGUGUGGAUUAAAUCCCUGGUUUUAUUCCAGAAUGUUACAUGGAAUAACAGGAACAGGAUUAAAUCAUGUUCUGGUGGAUGAAACUCAAAUGUGAAGGAAAUCAGAACAGGAGCAGCAGGAGUUCAUCCUGCAGUCGGUGGGUUGCUGGUUCGAUUCCCGCCCUCAUCGUUUGUGUCCCUCCACAGUCGCUCCGUUUCCAUCAACUAUAAAAACUGAGAAAUGUAACGGAAUAAACCCACUGAGGGGUUUGGAUGAAAGUUUUAGCGGUAGCAUGAGGAGGUUUUUCAGCCAAUCGAAACACUUUUUCACACCACGAGUCACGUGAUCAACAGCCGGAUGUUACUGCUGGGCGGAAACCAGGAAGACGGCAGGAAGUGUUUGGAGGAUAAUGGUUUGUUUUAGUUUUUUCUGGCUCCUCCAGAGCUUCACAGCAUCAGGUGAGAAAAAGCUGAGAGUCGUUCCAACAUGUUGAAUCCACCGCUCUUCUGUCAAAAUACAAUUUCCCAAAACGCAGCACAGGUAGCCGCUUCACAGUAGGCGGGGCUUAUCGCUCCAAGGCCUGAACGAGACGCUGACGUCUCCUCUGAUUGGCUGAUAGAUGAUGAGCGCUAGCGCCACCAUGGCUGAGUUAUGAGUUUGAACUUUCCAUCCGUGUCUGCCAUGAAUAUUAAUGACUUUUCUCUGGAGAUAAAUUAUUCACAUGUGGUUUUAAUUUCAUUUCUUAUUUCAUGGAAACACUGCAACAGUGAAAUUGUGUUUUUUUGACAUUAGCAGAAAACAGACUGAGAUUUGCUGACAGUUGUCAUGGAAACCUCCCAGAGUGAUGAAGACUCCUCCAGGCCUUCAUCGCCGCAGCUCGUUCCUGCUGCUGCUGCAGCACCCAGACACCGGCGGCCCUCGGGGGCCCGGCGGUGGCAGCAUCAUGCCGCCGCCUCUCUGUGUUUCCUGCAGGAGAAGGAAGGCGGCGUCCUGCCGUCCUGGAGGAUCUGCUGUUCUCCACCAUGGCAGAGGGACAGGAGGACGUCCCAGCGUGAGUCUCCAGAGGACGGACACGGAGACGCCGUCCGCCUCGCCGUCUCUGCCUUCAGGCUCUGAAAUCCACGGGGCGUCGGACCGGAGACCCUCGGCUCAAAGAGGUCAAGGAGACGCUGAAGGUCGCCAUGGAGACGACCUCAGACGGAGCGCUGGACCGACUCCUCCUCAAGAAGUGACCACACCUGUGCUUUGAGAGGGGGCGGAGCCUCAGGUGGGUCGGGUUCAAGUUCUGGAGAAUCAGGUCCGGUUCUCCAGUCGCUCCGACUCGGUUUGUGUGAACAGAAGGAGAAGCAAAGAUCUGAUCAGAUAAAAGAUGGCGCAGAAGCAGGAAGUCCAGCAGGAUUUUGAGGAAAAACUUUUCAAAGUUCGCAGUGAGUUUGUGAAGAGAGUUUCUGAGGAAAUCCUGAUUCAGCUCCUCGAUGACCUGGAAACAGACGGUGUCUUUAAUCUUUCGGAGAAACGGGCAAUACUUGAAGGGAACCAAAUAACAGCAAACAAGGCCCGGGAGACCAUAGAUGCUGUGAGGAUGAAAGGACAGAGAGCCUGCAGAUUGAUGAUCAAACGUCUUCACUUUAUAGAUCCUGCCCUGUCCAAUCAGCUGAGUUUGUCCUCUAACUCCUCUGAUUUAGGCCAGAAGAUGGAAGAUCAGGACAGAGCAGAACCUCUAGGACCCAUCAGUCCGUCUGUGAGGAGUGACCGGUCCAAACCAGAACCUCCAGAGUUCAGUAAUGAACCUGGACCCUCAGACAGAAAGAGCUGUGAGUGUGAAGAAAGACCCAGAACAGGAUCUGAACGGCCGACAGCCAAUCAGAGGAGCUGUUCUCCAGAGGAAAAACUUUCCAAGGUUCGCCCUGAGUUUGUGGAGAAAGUUUCUGAGGAAAUCCUGAAACGGCUCCUUGAUGACCUUCUAUCAGAUGGGGUCUUUCAUCAUUCAGAGAUUGAAGGUAUACUGCAGAAGAACCCAACCAGAGCAGACAAGGCCCGCGACACCAUAGAUGCUGUGAUGAAGAAAGGACAGAGAGCCUGCAGAUUGAUGAUCAAACGUCUUCAUCACAGAGAUCCGACUCUGUCCAACCAGCUGGGUUUGUCCUCUGACUCCUCUGGUCCAGAUUUUGAUAUUCGGUGUCAACGUGAGCUUAAAGCGUCUCUGAAGAAGAAGUUCCAGAGUCUCUUUGAAGGCGUCGCUGAAGCUGGAAAUAAAACCGUUCUGAACCAGAUCUACCCAGAGCUCCACAUCACAGAGGGGUUAACUAGAGAGGUCAACCAGGAACAUGAGGUCAGACACAUUGAAACAGCAUCCAGGAAACAAGAAACAACGAUCAGAAGAGAAGACAUCUUUAAAGUCCAACCUGGAAGAGAUGAACCAAUCAGAACAGUGAUGACCAUGGGAGUGGCUGGCAUUGGGAAAACACUGUUAACACAGAAGUUCACUCUGGACUGGGCUGAAGGCAAAACCAACCAGAACAUUGAUUUCAUAUUUCCAUUCACUUUCAAAGAGCUGAAUUUGCUGAAAGAAGAAAAGCUCAGCUUAUUAGAACUGAUUCAUAGCUUCUUCACUAAAACCAAAGAAAUCAGCAGCUUUGAAAAGUUCCAGGUUCUGUUCAUCUUUGAUGGUCUGGAUGAAAGUCGAUUUACUCUGGACUUCAACAACAAUCCGAUCCUGACUGAUGUUACAGAGUCCAGCUCAGUGGAUGUUCUGGUGACAAACCUCAUCAGGGGGAAACUGCUUCCCUCUGCUCUCCUCUGGAUAACCACACGACCUGCAGCAGCCAAUCAGAUCCCAGCAACAUUUGUUGACAUGGUGACAGAGGUCAGAGGGUUCACUGACCUCCAGAAGGAGGAGUACUUCAGGAAGAGAUUCAGAGAUGAUGAAGAGAAGGCCAGCAGGAUCAUCUCCCACAUCCAGAAAUCAAAAACUCUCCACAUCAUGUGUCACAUCCCAGUUUUCUGCUGGAUCACUGCUAAUGUUCUGGAGAAUGUGAUGGAGACCAGAGAGGGAGGAGAGCUGCCCAAGACCCUGACUGAGAUGUACAUAGAGUUCCUGGAGGUUCACUUUGCAAUCAAGGAGGAAAAGUAUUUUGGAAAAGCUGAAGAAGAUCCAGAGAACAAGAAGCUGAUUGAGUCUCUAGGAAAACUGGCUUUUGAGCAGCUGCUGGAGGGAAACCUGAUCUUCUAUGACAAAGAGCUCAAACAGUGCAGCAUCAACAUCAAAGAUGCUGCGUUGUCCUCAGGAGUGUUCACUGAAAUGUUUAAAAAGGAGAGAGGGACGUGCGACAUCUCCAUCUACUCCUUUGUUCAUCUGAGCAUCCAGGAGUUUCUGGCUGCAGUCUACAUGCUCCACUGUUUCACCAGCAGGAAGUCAGAGGUGAUCAAGACGUUUCUGGGAGAAAAAUACAGAGAAACAUCUCUAGAUGAGUUCAUGAAGAAAGUCAUGGAGAAAUCCCUCCGCAGUAAAAAUGGCCACUUGGACCUGUUUGUCCGCUUCCUUCAUGGUCUCACUGUGGAGUCCAACCAGAGACUCUUAGAAGAUCUGCUGGGUCAGACAGAGAACAGUCCAGAAACCAUCCAGAGAAUCAUCACCAACCUGAAGGAGAUGAACACUGAAUAUAUCUCUCAUGACAGAAGAAUCAUCACCAACCUGAAGGAGAUGAACUCUGAUAAAAUCUCUCCUGACAGAAGAAUCAACAUCUUCUACUGUCUGGUGGAGAUGAACGACGUCUCAUUUUAUCAGGAGAUCCAACGGCUGCUGGAUUCAGGGAAGGAGCUCUCAGAGACUGACUGUUCAGCUCUGGCCUUCAUGCUGCAGAUGUCAGAGGUUCUGGAUGAGUUGGACCUGGAGAAGUACAACACAUCAGAUUUUGGACGACGGAGACUGGUUCCAGCUGUGAGGAACUGCAGAAAGGCUCGACUUGGUGGCUGUUUGAUCCAAAUGGCUGAAUGUGAAGUUUUGGCCUCGGCUCUGAAGUCCAACCCAGAUCUGACUGAACUGGAAAUAAAUCAGAUCUUCAUAAAUGAAGGUGGAGACUCUGAUCUGAAGCCUCUGGUUGAGAUCCUGGAGAGUUCAGUCAGUAAAGUGAAGAAUCUGAGAUUGUUUGACUGCAGUUUGCCAGAGACCAGCUGGACUUCUCUGUUCUCAGCUCUGAAGUUCAACUCGACCCAUCUGACAGGACUGACCCUGUACAGAACCAAGCUGGAAGAUUCUGGACGGAAGGAGCUCUGUGGUUUUCUACAAACUGAAGGCUGCAGACUGGAGACAUUGAGAUUGAGGGGCUGCAGUUUGUCAGAGACCAGCUGGACUUCUCUGUUCUCAGCUCUGAAGUCCAACCCGACCCAUCUGACAGAACUGGGCCUGAUCAGCACCAACCUGGAAGAUUCUGUAGUGAAGGAGCUCUGUGGUUUUCUACAGACUGAAGGCUGCAGACUGGAGACAUUGAGGUUCCAGGAAUGCAUUUUGUCAAAGACCAGCUGGACUUCUCUGUUCUCAGCUCUGAAGUUCAACCCGACCCAUCUGAGAGAACUGGACCUGGACAGCGCCAACCUGGAAGAUUCUGGAGUGAAGGAGCUCUGUGGUUUUCUACAGACUGAAGGCUGCAGACUGGAGACAUUGAGUUUGUAUCACUGCAGUUUGUCAAAGAUCAGCUGUGAUUAUUUGGCCUCAACUCUGAAGUCCAACCCGACCCGUCUGACAGAACUGGACCUGAGACACAAUAACCUGAAGGAUUCAGAUGUUCGGCAGCUGAAGCGUCUUGUAAAGACUGUAAAGUAA